AUGUUGGGAGCACUUUGUGACCACUUCAUCGGCCCAGGACCCAGCGACACCAUUCACGGCCAUAGUGCCUCGGAUGCCGUUUUGGAGGGAAACCUGCCAACAUCCUGGUAUACGGAGCCCGAAUUCUACGAAUUCGAGCGUCGGGCAAUUUUCUCGAAGCAUUGGCUACUCACAACACACCGUCUCCGCCUGCCCGAGGCUGGAAGUUAUCUUCGGUUUGAGAUCGCUGGCUUUGAUUUUCUCUUGGUGAAGAACAAAGCUGGUAGCAUUCAGGCAUUUCACAAUGUCUGCCGCCAUCGGGCAUACCCUCUCAUCGACAAGGAUGCCCCCGAUCAAGGCAAGAAAUCGAUCCUGUCUUGUGGGUAUCAUGGCUGGACAUACAACCUCGAUGGCAAAUUGACCAAGGCUCCCAAGUUUGACGAGGCAAAGGAUUUUGAUGGGAGUGCAUACAGCCUGUUCAAGAUCCACACCCACGUCGACCGGACCGGUUUUGUGUGGGUGAACUUCGAUGCCUCGGACUCCCCCAUGCCAUGGGAGCAGAUGAACGGUGGAACGGACGAGCAACCUCGCCUGAACGACUUCAGUCUGGAUAAUUAUGUUUACCAUCGCACCUGGACGACCAAUGGGCAAUACAACUGGAAGCUGGUCGGGGACAACUAUAAUGAGUGCUAUCAUUGCAAGGCCAGUCACCCUGGAAUCACCAAGAUCACCAAUUUGGAUAAAUACUCGGUGACUCCUUAUUCCGGGCGAUUCGAGCACUUCCCACCGAACCGCGACGAUAUCAAAACGGAGGACUUUGAAUACUUCGGCAACGGCGCAUUCACCUACAAUUUCCCCAACACAUCGGUUAAUUUGUCCACCCCGUACUUUUUCAUCAUGCGAGUUGUUCCGACUGGCCCAACGACGGUGACCACGGAGUAUCAAGUAUACCGGAACCCGGACUCUCCCGAAGAGGCCUUCAACCGGGCUGGCGAGUUCUUCGAGGGAAUUGAAUUGGAGGACUACGACUUGAUGAACGGCGUGCAGAAGAAUCUGAACUCCGGGGUGUACGUUCACGGGCCUCUGCACCCACAGCGGGAGGGGGGUGUGCUGUACUUUAAACAUCUUGUUCAGACUCAGUUGAAGGAGCAUUGGGACGUGGAAAGGGCGGCUGGAGAGAAGAUCUACCCGGCGAAACGAAACAACCAGUUACAUGCUGCGGUCCAGGAGCAGGAACAGCUCGCCACAGAUGUGUGUGCUUGUGGCAUGAAAAGCCGGAUCGAAUGUUCUUGA